AAGGAAAGCCUGCGUGAAGUGUUUACACCACGUUACAUAUAUUUCGUGAUUGCAGCAAUGCUGCUAACUGACAGUGCUAUGGUUUGGCUUAUUGUGCCAGUUCUGAAGUUCUCCAUUGAGAAGAUAGAUGUGAACCACAUUGAUGGCUUCGACAAAACUGUUAUUAUAAAAUUGAAACAUGACGAUUUGUACCGACUGGUUGCAUUUUGCUCAGUCCUUUUUUUGAUACUCUUGGUAUCUUAUGCCGUUAUAUCAUUUACGGUCAAACGCAUGCUGCAAACACUCAACUCUAAUAGUCUGAGUAUUAAAACACACAUCAUGCAACGACAACUUGUCAUUCUUAUGUUCUUGCAGGCCUUUUUACCAGUUAUAUUUUUGAUCAUUCCACUUCUCCUUCUGGUCAUUUUUGUGACCACAAAGCUUGAAGUUGACAUUUACGGCACAUCGGCGUUCGCUAUGCUGUACUGGGAGCCCUGCAUAAAUCCCGUCCUCUCGCUUUACUACAUUAAACCAUUCAGGCAGCAGCUCAAACGUAUUGUUCGAAUUCGUCGAAAUGUAAGAACAGCAGAUGUUAAAAGUGCUGUUUUUGUUGCUGUGCAUCACUAA